AUGUUGCGAUGGGCAACCAUUGACAAUUUCAGGGACGCCCCCAGAAAAGGAGGACGGGAGGAAGGGAAAGAGUUUGAGAAAGCUCCAGGGUGUCCACGACUCUCCGCCAUGCUGAAGGCCAAGACGCAAAGUCGGGAGACUGGCCAGGUGCUCACGAGUUGCACAACUCGUAACGGGUACCCAGGCACUCCAUUUACUUGGUCAGCGGACGAGAGCGCAUUGCCCUUGGAUGGCUUGGAGGAGGCCAUCCCAAUGGCUGAGGAGAACGUGGCGAAGACGAGGGCCUGUAGUUGA